AUGGGAAACUCAAUUCCUUCCUAUCUUUCAUCGUUCACUCGUUCCUAUAUUCUCAACAUACUCUCGAAGAUCGAAUAUGGACGAUUGGAUAUGACGAUGAAAGAUCGUGGUGAGACAGAACCACAAGUCUUUGGUAACUCAUCUUUGAAAGACUCAUCUCAACCUGUCUGCUCGAUUACUGUUAAUAGUCCGAAUGUUUGGACUAGAAUGUCAAUUAAUGUCGACUUGGUGAGCUUCAGAGAUCAUUUGGCUUUGUCGAAAACACUGACUAAAUGAUGUAGGGUUUUCCGAAGCUUAUAUGCUGGGAGAGUUGGAAUGCGAUGAUCUAGUGGCUCUCGUCUCCGUACGUUCUCCGUACUUUCAUCCCGAUAGUUCUUACCCUUUCAGAUACUGACGACGUCGAAUGAUAGAUAUACAUUCAAAAUUUCGCACUCUUCGGAACUGGUAACAUUUUCCUGCAAAUAAUUCCCCGUCUUCAAAAGAUUCUCUUCAAUCCCUCAAAUGACAGUAAACGCGCUCUCCAAAAUGCUUCAUCCCACUACGAUACCUCGAACGCACUCUUCUCUUCUUUUCUAUCAACAGACAUGAGUUACUCAUGCGCCAUAUGGGAUACUACAGGCAAAGAAGAAACUCUCGAAGAAGCACAGAGAAGAAAAGUGCAUAAUAUUAUUGACAAAGCAUGCAUUGAGCCAGAACAUCACAUCCUCGAUAUUGGGGCGGAUGGGCAUUUCUGGCUAUUGAAGCUGUGAAAAAACCGGUUGUAGAGUUACGAUCGUAACACUCUCAGUAGAGCAAAAGACUCUAUGUGAGAAAGGAUUGAAGAGGCUGGGUUGAAAGAUCGAAUCGAGAUAUUGCUUUGCGACUAUAGGGAAAUCCCUAAGCCCAGUCCAGCAGGAUUUGAUAGAGUCAUCAGUGUCGAGAUGUUGGAGCAUGUUGGGAAGGAGUAUAUGGAAAUCUAUUUCAGGAGAUUAGCAGGUUAUUGAACCCAGAGCAUGGAAUAAUGGUG